AUGCCUGCUGGCUUCGACUACUCCAAGUGGGAUAAGAUCGAGCUGUCAGACGACGAGGACGAUGUCCAUCCGAACAUCGACAAAGCUUCGUGGUUUCGGUAUAAGCACCAGAACCGCGUCGAAAAGGAGGAGGAUGAGGAGAAGAAGCAGCUUAGGCUGCAGGAGGAGCUGCAGAAGCUGGAGAAGGAAUACAACGCCUUUGGAGAAGCGGGGAAGGAGCAUCUAAAGGCGAAGAAGGUGAAAGCAGAGAUAGACAAGGUACAGGAGCAGCUGGCCCUGAUGGAAAAGAACAAGAAAUGGAAUGCCGACAACAUGUGCAAGACAGCCGACCAGAAGACCGUGGUCUCAGAAAGUAAAGAAACGCCGGGGCCUGAGCCCAGGCUGGAAGGCGAAGCGGUCGCCGAAGGAUAUUGUGAGUUCAUCGAAGACAAUGAGGAGCUGCUUGAGCGUUACAUUGCUUUGGGUGCAGAGGAGGACUUGGAGAAGGUGGCCAACUUCCUGCGUGAGCAUGGUGGCAAGCUGCUUCAGGGCGAACAUGCUGAGUCCUACCUUCUGCUAGACUGUUUGGAGAAGGAAAUGAAUGACCUUCACCAGGAGAUGACCCAGUCUGCGCGGCAGUUACAGUUGCUGACGCAGCUGCGUGAGUUUUCCCGUGCAGCUGGUCGACCAGCACGUGACUCGGUGAACCCGAUCUUUGAAAAGCUGAUAGAGCACGAAGGAACCAGGGAAUCCUUCGAGGAGACGGUGCAGAAGUUCAUUCAGCGCGUGGAGCGGCGCGCUGUGGUCAAGAAGAAGGAGAUGGACGCCGAAAUGGAGGAGGAGAGGAGGAAGCUGAAUCCUUUGGGACCCGGUGGGCUGGAUCCCUUGGAGGUCUUCGAGACCCUGCCUGCAGAGAUGCAGAUCGCUUUCAAGACCAAGGAUGCCCAAAGGUUACACGCCGCUGUCGAGGCCUUGCCGGCCGAGGAGGCGAGGUACCACCUCCAGCGCUGCGAGGACAGCGGCCUCUGGGUACCCAGCCAGCAGGGUGGUCCGCCUCCAUACCGUGCAUAG